GUUUUGCGUGUAAUCACUUCUUUCUCUUUCCCGCAAACACAGGUGCAGAGUUCUGAAGAGUCCUUGGAAAUGGAUCACUCAUCUGUAAAGCGGAAAUCCACCUUGAGGGUCAGCUCUGACCCAGCAGCGGCCCAGGCCUCCUGAAGCCUGCUGCUCUGAACCCCAGUGCCCAUCGGUACAGACUGAGGACACGGGUGCCUGACCAUGGUCACACUCAUCACUGAGAAGCUGCAGAACCAGAGCCUGGAUGACCUUGCCCGCAAGAGCUACGAUGCUGGCCCGGGAAGUUGGCCGCGGCAGCAACACACAGGACCCUGUCCCCCGCCAAGGGUCUGGGGGAGAUUGCCCAAGCUGGAUGGAGGAUGUGCGGCCAAGCGUUCUGCUGGGACACUGAGCAACAGGGGUCAUUUGUUCCCUUUUGAGAGCAACGAAGACAGGCGCCCCUGGAAGGUCUUAAGUGGAGGAUGGCCCGUCGGGAGUCAGACGGCCACGGGCCCGCGCGGCCCAGACACAGGCCUGGGUGCCGUGAGCGCCACAGACCUCAGGGAGAGCGCAGGGCCCCCCUCGGCACCCCCUGCCAAGCGCCACUGCCGCUCCCUGUCGGAGCCGGACGAGCUGGCACGCUGCUGCUCCGCCUGGCGCCCCGGUGGCUCCAAGGUCUGGACGCCGGUAUCCAAGAGGCGGGGCCACAGUGGCGGGCGCGCCAGCCUGCCCGGGAGCGCCACGCUGCUGGGCUGCGCCCCCCUGGUGGCCGGCCCCACCUCGUCCCCCGCGCCCCGGCUGCCUUCAGCCGGCGGCGGCUGCCCGGACUGCAGCGAGGGCGGCUCGGGCCCACCCUGGCGACCCGCAGGGCCCUGCGCUCUGUCCUGCAGGCGCCGCCUGUCCCUGUCGCAGGAGCACCUGGUGCAAGUGGGCACAGCCCCGCCCUCCACCGGCAGCAGCGCCUCGUCCACGCCCGAGCUGGGCCGGCGGCUGGGCCUGCUCCGGUGCCGCUCACAGCCUUGUGUGCUGGUCGGGAGGAAGUGUCGGCGCAAGCGCAGGCGUGAGGAGAGCGCCCACUGGCCGCGCCCGUCCUUGGACUUUCUGAAAAUGAAACGGGUGAGGCCCGCCUUGUUGCUGCUGCGCUCACCUCGCGGGCGCCCCUCCGCGGCACGGGGCGGCUCUGCGGCCAGAUGGGCCCACCCCGGCCUCGGUGGUCUGCGCCCCUCGGCGGGAGCCCAGCUCCCUGGGAGGGCGCUCUGGGCCUGGCUGGGCCUGAGGCUGCAGCGUCCCCAGCACCCCGGCCGUGUUACCUCCCGCCUGGGCGGGGGUGAGCCGUCCUGA